AUGUCCGCCGCCAGGUCCUUCCUCCUCCGAUCCGGUGGCGGCCGAGCCGCCGUAACCGCGUUUCGGUCGACGAAGCCAAUGGCAGCUUCUGCGCGGUCUCCUCCGUUAAGGAUGCCUAAACAGAACCCUCUCUCUCACCGUAUCUUCAGAUCUCCGGUGGAAUUGAGCUGCUGCGUCGAGACGAUGCUUCCGUAUCACACUGCCACAGCUUCUGCGUUGCUCAAUUCCAUGCUCUCAGUUUCACGCCGAUCCAUUUGGACCUUCGGAGGGGAAGAUGAUAACUGA